UGACAGGUUGCCCAGCAGGGUCCUCCUGCUCAGGAGGCCCUUGUCAGCUGCUGAGAACUGACAGGAUGGACUUCCGGGAUUGGGUGGCGGUGACAGUCGUGUUCUUACUAGCUGGACUCGGGAUCCUGGGGAAUUUCUUCCUUCUUUCCCAUCAGCUCUUCCUCUCUUUCCAUGGGUGUAGGCCGAGGGCCACAGCUUUGAUUGUCAAGAACUUGAUUAUGGUCAAUUUGUUGGUCCUGUGCUCCAGCAGUAUCUCCUAUCCACUGACAUCUGCUGGGUGGUAUCAAGGCAGUGAUUUGAGCUGCAAGUUUCUCCCUUAUGUUGUUGGCGUGGGCAGAGGCGUGUCCAUCAGCACCACCUGCCUCCUGAGUGUGGUCCAGGCCAUAACCAUCGGCGCCUGGGGCUCCAGGUGGGCAGGGCUGAGAGAGAAAGCUCCCAGGUACGUUAUGCCCUGCAUUGCCCUGUGCUGGGUCCUGAGCCUGCUGUUAAAUUCCAUCAUUGCUGUGUUCAUGGCUAGCAAUUUGAGUGACAAAAAUGAUACAGGCAGGAAAAGGUAUGGACAGUGUUCCACUGUUCGUCACGACCCAGCCAGUGACUUCUUAUACGGGGCUUUGCUCUCCUUCCCCGAUGUUGUGUUUUUUGUGACCAUGGUCGGGGCCAGCGCCUCCUUGGUCUACACCCUGUCCCGGCACAGGCGGCGGGUCUGGCACCUUCACGGAUUCGCCUCCUCCACGUCCUCCCCCGAGUCUAGGGCCACUCACACCAUCCUGCUCCUGGUGAGCACCUUCGUCUGCUGUAACAUCAUUUCCUCCAUGUUGAAGAUUGCUGUGGCUGUUACUUAUAAUCCCGAGUGGUUCCUUUUUAACUUCAACAAAGUAAUCGAACUGUGUUUCCCGACUCUCUGUCCUUUUCUGCUCCUGAGCCGGGAACCCAAGGUGUCCAUGCUGCCCUCUGCCCUGAUCAGUAAUAGUAAAUGCCACAAACCCUCGAGAAAUAUGUAAACCGCAUGUGAGUGCACGGUCAUUUAUUCAUUUGAUAAUUUACUCUACACCCCCAGUCCUAAAUGCAGUUGUGAGUGACAUAUGGUUUAUGGACAGGCGGAGCAGCCUCUUCACAAGUGUUUCUGGGACCAGUCACUGUAACGAGGUCUGUACAGGGGUCCCUAAUACUCCUGUGAGGAACACAGUCUUGCUCCAGAUGGUUCGCAAUGUAUGUGAGACAGCAUGCGGGCCUGACACUCUCUGGAAUGGUGGAAAGGCCUCACCUGUGUCACUUUAAUUCUCACAGAAAGUCGUAGGAACAUCUGGGCAUGGAGCUUAGUUCACAGGAAAAUGGCACGGUGGGUGCAGGGCAGCCCUGGAGCUGGAGUCAGCUGUCCUGAGGGGAGACCCUGGCAGCGAGUCAGGCAUCGGGAGCAGUUUUCAGUCUUGCACAUUCCACCCUCUUCUUAUUUGAGAAGGGCAUGCGAAGGAGAUUCCGUGCCGGAGCAUCCUCUGGUAGACCUGCGGACAGAUGGCCUGCGUCUAGCAGACACAGAAGUACAGCUUAGCUGGUUUCAGCCACCAGAGGGUGACGGUGACAAUUCAAGGAGACAUGCUUUGCGUGGCCUGGGGUGUGCAGGAGCAAGAUUUCUCCCACGGUGAAGGGGAUGUGAGCGUUUUUGCAAGACACAGACUGGAGGUCUGUCUCAAAGGGUGGAGGUGCUAGGAAACUUGGUACCGGGGCAGAUGCACUUGGAAGGAAAGAGCUGGAUCCCCUGUGUGUUCAAGGCGCUAAGGGCGUGUGUCCUGUCUCAGGAGGGACGUGUAUAGAGCUUGCUCUGAAUGUACAGCGUGGAGCUCACGCAAAAUAUGAACCAUUCAACAGUGUGCGACUCAAAGCACUUAUUGUGACAGACUUGUCUGUACAUAUCUGAGCUCACGUGAUACACUUUCUUACUUGCACAAAUUAGGCCACAAAGGAAGAAGAAAAGCUCCUGAUGCUUACAUUCUUACAACUGUAUUAUGUUCCCGCAUGUGCCCAGGCGGAUCUCGGAUGUGUGUCUGGUAUGAUGUGUGUGACGUGCCAUGUGUGGCCUGGGCAGGUGUAAUGUACACACCUGUAUCAGUGUUCACCUAAAGGCAAUCACGUCAUUUAUUCAUGUAUUUGAAAUUUGUAAUUUCAGAAAAAUGACAAAUAGUACUGAUGACAUUCAUGAAAACGGUGACAUUUCAUAAAGUUUAUAUUGUCUGAGGUGUGGAUACUGCCACAC